AUGAAGCUCCUCGUUUACAUAGUCCUGAGGCAAAGUACAUCAAAUGUCUUUGCAGCUGAUUUAGAAGAUGAAGAGAAUGCUAAAGAAGGGAAAGUUACUGAGACUUGUCCUGUAAAGCUCAAAUCUAAUCGGAAAUGUGAUGAAGGGGAGGAUUGUCCUUAUCAGAUAAAUCUGCCUCCGAUGACCAUCCAGUUACCCAAAGAAUUCAGACUGCUUGAGAAGACUCUCAAAGAAGUACAGACCCUUAAAGAAGCAGUAAACAAGAUGAGGAAAUGCUGCCAAGAUUGCAAGCUGCAGGCAGAUGACAACCAAGAAAGAGACAGUAGUAAUGAAUUCCUGCUACCUAACACAGAAACCCCAGCACAAACCAGCGAAAUCCAAGAUAACAGAGUAAAGGAACUGCAAGGCAAAGUUAACAGAAUGGCAACCAGCUUAAAAAAUGCAAAGAGCCAGAUCCAGACACUGCAGGGUCGUUUAGAGAAGCUGAGCCUUAUAAACAUGAACAAUGUAGAACAUUAUGUUGACAGCAAAGUUGCAAAUUUGACAUUUGCUGUGAACAACCUUGAUAACAAAUGUUCUUCUAAGUGUCCAGAAAUGCAAGCAAGACCUGUUAUACAAAUAAUGCAGAGAGACUGUGCUGACCAUUACACAGCAGGGAAAAGGAGUAAUGGAAUCUACAGGAUUAGCCCUGACCCCAAAAACGAUAGCUUUGAAGUCUACUGUGACAUGCAAACACAUGGAGGUGGCUGGACAGUGCUGCAGCGGCGUCAGGAUGGCAGCACUAACUUCAACAGAACCUGGAACGACUACAAAAAUGGUUUUGGCAACCUCAGCAGGGAGUUUUGGCUGGGGAACGACAAAAUCCACCUCCUGACAAAGAGCCAGGAAAUGCAACUGAGAAUUGAUCUUGAAGAUUUCAAUGGAAUCAGAGAAUAUGCAAAAUAUGAACACUUCUAUGUGGCCAACGAGUACCUAAAGUACCGUCUGAGCGUCCACGGCUACAGCGGCACGGCCGGAGAUGCCCUUCACUACAGCAGGAGUUACAACCACGACCAAAAGUUUUUCACAACUCCAGACAAGGACAAUGACAGGUAUCCCUCAGGAAACUGUGGAGCAUAUUACAGCUCUGGCUGGUGGUUUGAUGCCUGCUUGUCAGCCAACCUCAACGGCAAGUACUACCACAAGAAAUACAAAGGUGUCCGCAACGGCAUUUUCUGGGGCACGUGGCACGGGGUUUCCGAUGAUACUCCCACGGGAUACAGGCAAGCCUUCAAAUCAGUCAAAAUCAUGAUCAGACCCAAAAGUUUUGAGCAGUAA